GAUUUUGCACAAUUUCGGGAUUCGUUAAGAGUCGCGCAUUCGCUGCAUCGUACACGUAAUGAUAAAUUAAAAAGCCUAGUAUAGUCCGCGUGUUUAAUGUACGGGUCGCACGCGAGUCGCAUGAACAUUUUUUUUUUUUUUCACGUAAGUCAUCUUCCACGCCGAGCUUUUAGAGCUGGGCUUCAGUUUCGAGGCGCAGCUUCGACCGUGCGCAUCGCACAAUAGACAAUGAAGCGAUCGGGUAGUAGUUUUUAUAAUUUUUUACCCCUGGCGGUGGUUCUGCUGCUGCUGCUGCUGGAACAGAGCCGAUGGGUGAGCUCGUGCGACACGAUCCAGAUCAGCGUGGCCGGCGGUAAACUGGAGGGCGUCUCGCAGAAGAGCAUCGCCGACGGCGGCGACUAUUGCGCCUUCAAGGGCAUACCGUACGGCAAGCCGCCGGUGGGCGAGCUCCGGUUCAGGGAUCCUCUGCCCGCUGAACCGUGGCAGGGUGUGCUCGACGCCAAGUCGUACGCGGCCCAGUGCCCGCAGUUCUGCAUGAUGCAGCAGAAGGUCAUGGGCGAGGAGGACUGCCUCUAUCUCAACGUCUUCACGAAGAAAGCCGACCCGAGCCUCAAACGUCCCGUCAUGAUGGCCAUCUACUUCGGCGGCUUUAUCUUCGGCAGCGGCGACGACUCGUUCUACGGCCCGGACUACUUCAUGCGCAAGGACGUAGUCCUGGUGACGGUCAACUAUCGCCAGGGCGCCUUCGGCUUUCUCAAUCUCAAGGACAAGCUGGCGCCGGGCAAUCAGGGCAUGAAGGACCUGGUGCUGGCGCUCAAGUGGAUCCAGGAGAACAUCGCGGCCUUCGGCGGUGAUCCGGGCAGCGUCACGGUGUUCGGCCAGAGCUCCGGUGGCGCAGUGGCCCACUACCUCGCCAUCUCGCCCAUGUCCAAGGGUCUGCUGCACAAGGCCAUAGCUCAGAGCGGCGUGGCGAUCAAUCCUUGGGCGCUGCCGCAUCCCAGGGCGGCGGAGAUCGUCUACGAGAUAUGCGAGAAGUUGGGAAAUCCGACCAAGGAUCACGCGCAGAUCAUGGACUUUUUGCGCACGGUGGAUUACAAGAAGAUCAUCGACGUUCAGCGACAGUUGGUGCCUUAUCCGCAAAUGGCACAGAUGGUGGCCUUCCCCUUCAGUCCGAACAUCGACGCCGAGUCGGACAAUCCGUUCUUCCCCGACUGCAUAAUAAAAAGAUCGACGGCAGGCGCACACGUUCCCCUCAUGAUCGGCCACACGAAUCGCGAAGGAAUCAGCUUUUACCGACUCGGCAAUUACGAGGACUUCGACAAGGACAUCGAGAGCCAGAUCCAUCCCUACGUGGUGAUGGUACCGAAGCACAUGUACGGCUUGGCCGACAUGUCCGGAGAAAAGUUGAAGAGCUUCUACUUCGGCGACGACAAGAUCACGGCCGAUAAUCAGGACAAACUGAUCGAUCUGCUGGGCGACGCCUACAUCACCGAGGGCGUUCACAGGGUCGUCAAUUGGCAGGUGACCAAUGGCAAGCACCCCACCUACUUCUACCGUUACGAUUACGACAAGGGCUUCUCGCUGUCGAAGAUGGAAUUGAAGAGCUCGGCCAAGGGAGCCGCUCACGGGGACGAGCUCUCGCAGCAAUUCCGCAUGAACAUGAUCGAAAAGUUCACGGGUGCUCCGCUGAUCAAGGACGGCUCGAUCGAUUUCAAGAUGAUGGAGCGAAUAAUCGAGAUGUGGGUCAACUUCGCGACCACGGGCGAACCGAAUCCAACAAAGACGGAUUUGGUACCGGUCGAGUGGGAGCCGGUGAAGGAUGGCAAGAAUUUCGAGGCUCUCAUCAUCGACGAAGAUAUGAAAAUGGAUAAAGUCAAUAGUCUUCUGAACCGAUACUCAUCGUAGAUUCAUGUUAAUAAAGAAUGUCACGAAAUCUCAACGUUCUUUUAACAACAUUUUAUUCUUAAAACAUUAGUUCAACAAAUUUGUAUUUUAAUUUCCUACGAGUAAUUAUUUUAAAAAUUUACUAAAUUGUAAUACUACAAGAAACAAUA